ACUCACAACACCAGCUUCACACACUGCCUCAUAUUGGGAGCAUAUUGCAAGAGAAACUGCAGAGACACACCAAGACCACAGAAGCAGUGGAAGAACUUCAUCGUCAGAGCUUAAGAUAUUUAAAUCUCCUGCUUUCACGUUUUUGGCAACAUGACAGGGACAGUGAUACUGAUGUGCCUGCUCCUCAUCUUUUCUGUGGAUGCAGAAGACAAGUCAAGGCUGUAUCGGAGACCUGCAUGUGGGGACAUGAGUCUGACUCAGGCGUGCCCCCUCAAUUAUUCUCCAGUCUGUGGGAACGAUGGCAUCACUUACCCCAACGAAUGUGCCCUGUGUGUACACAGGCUGCAAACCAACAAUGACAUCCUGAUUGUGAAAGAAGGGAGAUGCUGAGGAGGGUGAGAACUCCUCUUUCACAAGAUCAUCACUUCUGCCUUUGUUGUUUGUGCUUGUUAGGGUGCAUUUUUCUACUCAUAUUUAUACAGCGCUUAGAGCAUGUUAUCGUUUUCUUAUACUCAUGUAGAUGU